GAGGAUGAAAUGGUCCAGGGGUGCGGGAACCUUGGUAAACUUGAGCGAAGCCCACACUACCUUUGUUUUGGGAUGUGGAGUAUGUGUCACUUGUUUGUUGGGUUUUUUUUUUUUUUUUUUGGAUAUGUGUGGAAAUGUGUUUCAUUUCUUUUAUUCUAUACUAGGUAUCAUUGGAUAUUUGGGUCUUUGAGUGUGUGUACAUGUCCUUUGAAACUGCAUCAUUUGUGUUCUGUGUCUUUGGAUAUGUAGGUAUGCAUGUAUCUAUGUGUACAUUUUUGAGUGAAUGGCGGUGGAUUUGUCUGUUUCUAUGUUGUAUAUGUUUGUGUCUUUGUGUGUUUGAAUAUGUGAUAUUUUAGAUGUUGGUUUCUAUGUUGUGUAUCUUUGUGAAUGUGUGUGUAUCCUGUGUGAAUCUGUGAUUUCUUUGUAUAGCAUGUCUGGAUAGUGUGUGUGUGUGUGUGUGUGUGUGUGUGUGUGUGGCUUGUGUUGUGGCUUUGGAUAUGUGUAUAAGUGCAUAUGUGGGUAAUUUAACAUUUCUUUUAACAUUUGUAUAUCUGUAUGUGUUUGGAUGCAUGGGUGUGUGUAUUUGUGGUGUGGUGUGUGUGAUCUAUUUGCCCGUUGUGUGUCUUCGUGUGGGUGAUUUGUUUAUGUUGUGUAUAUUUGGGUAUGUGUUAUGUAUUUGUGCAUGGAUAUAUAUAUGUGUGAUCUAUCUGUUUCUACACUGUGUGACUUGGGAUAGUUAUGUUUCUCAGUAGAUAUGUGUGUGCACAUAUGUGAGACAUGUCUGUUUCUCCUUUGUGAGUCUUGGGAUAUGUCUCUCUUUGUGUGUGAAUCCUGUGUGACUAUGUGUGAUUUGUUUAUGUUGUGUGUUGGGAUAUGUGGGUGUAUGGAUGGGUCUUGGUGUAUUUUUGUUUGUUUCUAUAUUAUGUGUAUCUACUCGUUGGCCUCUUUGAGCCCCAGGUGGGGGGCUCUUGGGUCCAGGAGCGACCAGAGGGGAGAGCCUAGGCGAAGACUUCUACCGCGAGGCCAUCGAGCACUGCCGCAGCUACAACGCGCGCCUGUGCGCUGAGCGCAGCCUGCGCCUGCCCUUCCUCGACUCGCAGACCGGCGUGGCCCAGAACAACUGCUACAUCUGGAUGGAGAAGACCCACCGCGGGCCGGGUUUGGCCCCAGGACAGAUCUACACGUACCCCGCCCGCUGUUGGAGGAAGAAACGGAGACUCAACAUCUUGGAGGACCCCAGACUCCGGCCCUGCGAGUACAAGAUCGACUGCGAGGCGCCCCUGAAGAAGGAGGGCAGCCUCCCGGAAGGGCCGGUCCUUGAGGCUCUCCUGUGUGCUGAGACAGGGGAGAAGAAGAUUGAGCUGAAGGAGGAGGAGGCCAUAAUGGACUGCCAGAAACAGCAGCUGCUGGAGUUUCCUCAUGAUCUCGAGGUGGAAGACUUGGAGGACGACAUUCCCAGGAGGAAGAACAGGGCCAAAGGAAAGGCAUAUGGCAUUGGGGGUCUCCGAAAACGCCAGGACACCGCUUCCCUGGAGGACAGAGACAAGCCGUAUGUCUGUGAUAUCUGUGGGAAACGGUAUAAGAACCGGCCGGGGCUCAGCUACCACUACACCCACACCCACCUGGCUGAGGAGGAGGGAGAGGAGAACACGGAGCGCCACGCCUUGCCCUUCCACAGGAAAAACAACCAUAAACAGUUUUACAAAGAAUUGGCCUGGGUCCCCGAGGCACAGAGGAAACACACAGCCAAGAAGGCCCCUGACGGCACUGUCAUCCCUAAUGGCUACUGUGACUUCUGCCUGGGUGGCUCCAAGAAGACAGGGUGUCCCGAGGACCUCAUUUCAUGUGCCGACUGUGGGCGAUCAGGACACCCCUCGUGUUUACAGUUCACGGUGAACAUGACUGCAGCCGUGCGGACCUACCGCUGGCAGUGCAUCGAGUGCAAAUCCUGCAGCCUCUGUGGGACCUCGGAGAACGACGGUGCCAGCUGGGCGGGUCUCACCCCCCAGGACCAGCUGCUGUUUUGCGAUGACUGCGACCGGGGUUACCACAUGUACUGCCUGAGCCCCCCCAUGGCGGAGCCCCCAGAAGGGAGCUGGAGUUGUCACCUCUGUCUUCGGCACCUGAAAGAGAAGGCCUCUGCGUACAUCACCCUCACCUAGGCCUGGCUCUGGCUCACCUGGACCUCUGGGGUGGUGCUUGCCCACCUGCCCAUCGGAGCACCUCUGCUCUCUCCCCGCUCUUAAUGCCCCACAGUGGGAGGGGAAGGGGAAGCCCGAGGGGGGCUGGGCCACCCCCUUCCCUCUGUGCCAGUGGAAUGUUUGCCCUGUGGGUUGGGGGGCUUGGCAGGGCCCCUCUCCCUUCCUUCCUCCCUCCCUAUCCCUAGGCAAAUGGGCACCAGGGGCUUCUGCUCCCCUCAAAGCCAUACCCCGCCUCUAGGCGGGCACGAGGGAUGCCAGCCCAGAGCACGGACCCAGCCUUUUUCUAAAGAAAAAGUCAAAAAGUUAAAAAAAAAAAGAAAAAAUUAAUAUAUACAAAGAGUCCUAUAAGGCCUGGCUGGGUGGAGGGGGCACUGCUGGGCACAUCCACUGGCCACCAGUCUAUGCCAGCUUCCUGCCUGGCAGCCCCUCCCCCCAGUUUCUGGAACUGCAGCUGUCCCACCUCCCCACCCCAGGUGGGCACCACUCCCCCCUCACACCCGGGGCAGGCGGGUGUGGCGUCCACCCCUCGCCCCCUCUUGGUGCCCACCGUGGAUACUGCAUGAUGUGAACCAUGGUUUUGAACUCUGUUCCUGCCCCCUCCCCGAGAGCCCCACCCUGCCCUCUCCGUGCCUGCCAAGGCCUCGGCGUCACCUCGCCGGUGGGGCAGGCAGGCCCCUGCCCAGCGCCCGCUGGGAUGAGAAGCACAGACUCUGCAAUGGACUAGCAUUUCCUCCUCCCCUGCCCUGACCCCCGCCGGCCAGGCCGGGCUGCCCCCUGCCCCCUCGCUGACAAUUUUAGGGGGACGAGGGGGUGUGAUUGUUUCUCGUGGUUGUGUGUGUUUGUUGUUCGGGUUCAAAAAAGGGAAAUUGAGACUGCAAGUGGGUGAGGUGGUGGCGUUGGGGGGUAUCCCCCAAUCCAGGCAUGCCCCCCUCUUGUAAACGAGUCUCCUUUAUUGCCUGCCUCUGCUGUGAAUUAACUUGUUCUGUGUAUUAAACUGGGCCUGAUCCCUCUGCCA